UGAUCGGUGUGUGGAGGGCGCUACUUGCCAACUCUAUGGUCGGUGUGUGGAGGGCGCUACUUGCCAACUCUAUGAUCGGUGUGUGGAGGGCGCUACUUGCCAACUCUAUGGUCGGUGUGUGGAGGGCACUACUUGCCCUGUCGCUAGCUGUAAUAUCUAUGGAACAGUCCAACGAGUGUAGACUUCACAGUGAUGGACAGAGUUUCCAGGUGAACAAGGUCAUGAGGAGGAACAGGUGAGACACCGGAGAAAGCAGGUGAGAAAGUAUUCACACUGUAAUAUUCUACAGUCACACACCAAACACAGAGUACUGGAGAGACUCUUAGAAGACCCUUAAAAGUUGAAAGGCCCUCAUAACAAGUAAGCAUACGUGAUUUUAUGCAAAACAACAACUAUAUACAUAAGGUGAAAUAUCAAUGAGAAAUAUCAAUGUUUUCUGUAGUUGCCAGAACUAUUGUUGUGCUGGCUCUCUGUUGAGAAGUUCAGGGAGGGGACUGGAGAUCUGAAACAAACAGGAUCCAAGCAUGCCCUGGACCCCGCAACAUGCAGCAUGCCCUGGACCCCGCAACAGGCAGCAUGCCCUGGACCUCGCAACAGGCAGCAUGCCCUGGACCUCGCAACAGGCAGCAUGCCCUGGACCUCGCAACAGGCAGCAUGCCCUGGACCUCGCAACAGGCAGCAUGCCCUGGACCUCGCAACAGGCAGCAUGCCCUGGACCUCGCAACAGGCAGCAUGCCCUGGACCUCGCAACAUGCAGCAUGCCUUGGACCUCGCAACAUGCAGCAUGCCUUGGACCUCGCAACAUGCAGCAUGCCCUGGACCUCGCAGCAUGCAGCAUGCCUUGGACCUCGCAACAUGCAGCAUGCCUUGGACCUCGCAACAUGCAGCAUGCCUUGGACCUCGCAACAUGCAGCAUGCCUUGGACCUCGCAACAUGCAGCAUGCCUUGGACCUCGCAACAUGCAGCAUGCCUUGGACCUCGCAACAGGCAGCAUGCCCUGGACCCCGCAACAGGCAGCAUGCCUUGGACCUCGCAACAGGCAGCAUGCCCUGGACCCCGCAACAGGCAGCAUGCCUUGGACCUCGCAACAGGCAGCAUGCCCUGGACCUCGCAACAGGCAGCAUGCCCUGGACCUCGCAACAGGCAGCAUGCCUUGGACCUCGCAACAUGUAGCAUGCCUUGGACCUCGCAACAGGCAGCAUGCCCUGGACCCCGCAACAUGUAGCAUGCCUUGGACCUCGCAACAGGCAGCAUGCCCUGGACCUCGCAACAGGCAGCAUGCCCUGGACCUCGCAACAGGCAGCAUGCCCUGGACCUCGCAACAUGCAGCAUGCCCUGGACCUCGCAACAUGCAGCAUGCCCUGGACCUCGCAACAGGCAGCAUGCCCUGGACCUCGCAACAGGCAGCAUGCCCUGGACCUCGCAACAUGCAGCAUGCCCUGGACCUCGCAACAUGCAGCAUGCCCUGGACCUCGCAACAUGCAGCAUUCCCUGGACCUCACAACAUGCAGCAUGCCCUGGACCUCGCAACAGGCAGCAUGCCUUGGACCUCGCAACAUGCAGCAUUCCCUGGACCUCACAACAUGCAGCAUGCCCUGGACCUCACAACAUGCAGCAUGCCCUGGACCUCACAACAUGCAGCAUGCCCUGGACCUCGCAACAUGCAGCAUGCCCUGGACCUCGCAACAGGCAGCAUACCCUGGACCUAUGAACUAUUGGAAGGUUGUGUUAACAACAAAGAUAGACACUUUAAAACAAGUUUGCACCCUUGACUCUUUAACAAAAAAAACGUAGGAAAGUAUAGUAUAUUUACUGUGAUAGUAAUGAUAUCAUUCAUGGUGUAAGAUAGGUCUGUAAAGCCUCCAUGAUUCCUUGCAGAUUUGGGUCACUUACACACACUGAGAUCCCAGACAAUACACAUAUUGCAUAUUGACAGGGAGAUAUUUAUACAGCAGUGUUUCCCAAACCUCUCUGUGAGUUCUCCCAACUGGUCAACGUAUUUUCAAACCUGGAUUAAAAUCACGUGCGCUCAGCCUCAGAGCCACAGGAAACAUACUAUACAUAUAGGCGAGUUGGUUGUUUAGCAACAAAAGCAGCGCAUGCGCAACUUUGGGGCAAAAUUAGAUUGUUGACAACAUGUCAACUAUAUUUAGUCUCCAAAUGUUUUUUGAAAACAAGUACAUUUGCACAAUGAGCACUUGUUGUCUCUUAAAUACGUUGUUAGAGUUGUUGGUUAGCUAGCUAGUGAAUUUCAACCAUAUUGGCAUUGACAUGAAAUCAGUCAAAACACCUCAAAACAAGACGUGGAAUCAAGAACAAGAUUAAACCUCGUGAAACGAGCCACCUAUGAUUCCCCACAUGGCAGCUUGUCAUUUUUGCUAGCUUUCUGAUCGUUCAGAAUCAUAACAAAGCACGACUUCCGACCACAUCAAUGUGCGUGCAUCAUUUUUGUGACAUUAUCAGCCAACACAUCUAUUUCUGAGCACCUCUAAGACAUAUUAUAUAUACUAAUGGUCUAGUUAUUUCAGACAGAAAGUAUGGAGGUUGGUCGGGGAGGAAAGGUGGAUUUAAACCGCGACUGUCUAGCAAAAGGUUGAAUGUUCAAGUGACGUCGGGGACAACUGUAGCAUUUUAGCAGUAUUGGGUAUGUUACUUUCUAAAUGUAAUCCGUUAGUUACUAGUUACCAGUCCAAAAUUGUGAAUAGUAAUGUAACUUUUGGAUUACCCAAACUCAGUCAAAUAAUCUGACUACUUUCAGUUUCUUUUGGAUGACUUUCCCCUUAAGAAGCAUUAGAAGAAGACAAAAAGGAUCCAUCAAAUGCAGUUGGUGUGUCAUCAUAGUCUCUGACUUUCAAAGUAUCUGGAAUCAUAUUAUUGAUUAGAAUAUUUUCGCUGGUAACGUAACUGAUUACAGUUUGUUUGUAAUCAAAUGGCAUGUAACUGACUACGUAAUCAGUUACUCCCAAACGUUGCAUUUUAGUUGAACCCUUCCCCUAACCCUUAUUCUAACCUUAACCCAAUUCACCUCACCUGGAUAAUAUCAGAUGAGGGAAUGGUACAGUAUUUUGGUGCUAUAUACUUGUCACAAUGGGGCCUAUUAUUUAGUGUGUAAUUUAGUGUGAAAUACACAGUAAUACUAAAUGCUCUACAGAAUGCUCUUCUCUAACAGAAGAAAAGGUUGGUGACAAAUAAGCCUAUUCUACCAGAACACAAAUUGCUCUGUCCAUCAUUUCUAGAGAGAUUUAUGAUUUUAAUGACUUGCUGUAUGAUCAAACAAGGUCUUCAAUUAAAUAACUGUCCAUAA